AUGCAAAAUAAUAUUAAGACGGUUACCGAGAGUGUAGGAAAGGAAGAUAGUCAUGCAGCAGACCUGGAUCAAGCCUUGGCUGUAGCAGGUUUAGGAUGGUACAACAUCAAAUAUUCCUUGUUAUUGGCCCUGUUCUUGAUUGGCGCUAUCCUGGAGCCAGUCGGCUACUCCUUCGUGCUACCAGCAGCGAUGUGCGAUCUAGAGAUGACUGAUAGCCAACGAGGAUUCAUCGCAUCAAUACCUUACAUAGGUGUCGUGGUCACAUCAUUUCCAUGGGGCUACCUAGUGGACACUCGGGGCCGUAAGAGUAUGAUCGUAAUCGCAUCAUUCCUCGCUGGACUUUUUAGCAUAGUAGCUGCAUUCAUGCCAAACCUAAUAACUUUUGCAAUUGUAAAGUCUAUCUCAGCAAUAUGCAUAGCCUGCCCGGCGGCAGUUCCCUACACGUUUAUCGGUGAGAUCCUGCCUGCCAAGAAUAGGGACGUCGUGCUAUCUAUCACUAAUGCUCUACAAGUUGGCGGAACACUUAUUGUCCCAUUACUGGCUUGGGCUAUACUGCCUCUGGAUUUCCGAAUAAACUUCGGCCUGUACUUGUUCAGACCAUGGAGGCUGCUCACCAUAUUAUACGCAAGCGUCUUCGUCAUAGCUGCUGUUCUCAUGAUGUUUGGUCCUGAGAGUCCAAAAUUCUUAGUUUCUCAAGGAAAAAUUGAUGAAGCUCUCGACGUUCUACGAGACAUCUACAUUGGCAACAAGAAGAAGGGAGCUGGUGAAUUUCCAAUCAAGCGGUUGAUAGCGCCCCCAUACGACAGUGAAAAGAAAACUUUCUUCAAAUCAUUACGAGUUCAAAGCGUGCCUUUGUUUAAGCCACCGUAUCUAAAAUGGUUUGCUUUGAAUAGUUUCCUUAUGUUCGGCGUGUUUACAACAAUAAAUGGUCUAUACGUAUGGGUACCAGAAAUCUUAAACAGAGUUAUGACUGGUGACGGGGAAGACAAGACGGCAUGUGACGUCAUCUUUGAUCGACUCAAUCAGACAUCACAAAGCGAUGAAUGCAUCGACACAAUAGAAACAGUAACAUUUGUGAUAAAUGCAGUUGCAAAUGCGAGUUGUACUGUAAUCUGUCUGGCAGUCGGUAGCUGCGUCAAGUUCAUCGGCAAGAAGAGACUUAUGAUCCUAGUAUUCGUACUAAUAGGAACAUUCUGUGUACUCAUCAACUUUAUAACUCAAGAUAUGGUCUUCGCCGUCCUACUCUCAUCGCUGCAAAUAUUAUCUUUAGCUAUCGGACCAAUUAAUGCAUACUCCGGAGAAUUUUUCCCAACACAUCUAAGGGGCAUGGCAGUGGGACUGACGAUGAUGUGUGGGCGAACUGGUUCUAUCGUCGGCAUCAACGUCGCAGGCGUUCUCCUGAACGCAGUUUGCGAAUUGACUUUCUACCUAUUUGGAGGAUUAUUACUGGUGUGCGGUCUGCUCUCUUUCUUACUCCCCGGGUCACAAAAACCUCUAAUCAAGAAGACAGUACAACUAGAAAAUUCGCCGAGCAAUAAUAACAGAAAUCCACAAAGUUCUCAUUUGUAA